AUAUUAAAGCAGAAGCCUUGAAAAGAUAAGCAUCUUUUAGGAUCAAGACACAUGAGAUAGAGUUCUUUCCAACUAUUUGAUCUUUAAGCAACCCAUGAGGAGAGAUGUCAAACCUUUCCAAUGGAAUAGAUUUGAAUGAGAACAAAGAGAGAACAUCAGAAGCAGAAAAAGAGUUAGAAGAUGAAGAAAGUUUCUCACAUGCAAUACAACUUUGCAGCUCUACUGUGCUACCAAUGGCUCUUCAAUCUGCAACCGAGCUUGGUGUUUUCGACGUGUUGCUAAAAGCUGGUAACGAUGCUCAACUCUCCGCCCAUGAGAUAGCGUCUCGUCUCACAUAUGAAGAAAAGCUUGGAUCGUUUAGUAGACUUUAUAGUAUGGCUCCUGUUGCAAGAUUCUUCGCUCGUGAUUCCGACGGUGUUUCGUUAGGACCCUUAUUGUCUUUGAUUCAAGAUAAAGUCUUCUUAGCUAGUUGGUCUGAGCUUAAGAAUGCGAUUCGAGAAGGGGGUGUACCAUUCGACAGAGUUUAUGGCACACAUGCUUUUGAUUAUCCAAGUUUGGACACGAGGUUUAACCAAGUUUUCAACACAGGUAUGAUCAAUCAUACCAAAGUAGUUAUGAAGAAGAUUCUUGAAUGCUACAAAGGUUUUGAUAAUGUAAAAAAGCUUGUGGAUGUUGGAGGUGGUCUUGGGGUCAACAUUAACUCAGUCACUUCCAAAUACCCUCAUAUUAAGGGUAUUAAUUUCGACUUGCCUCAUGUCAUAGAACAUGCUCCUUCUUAUCCAGGAGUUGAACAUAUUGGUGGAGAUAUGUUUGAAAGUGUGCCUAAAGGAGAUGCUAUCUUUAUGAAGUGGAUACUUCAUGAUUGGAGCGAUGAGCAUUGCUUAAAGCUUUUGAAGAAUUGUUAUGAUGCUAUUCCUGAUGAUGGAAAGGUGAUUGUUUUGGAGGCACUUCUUCCUAUUAUACCUAAAAAUGGAUAUGGUUCCAAGUGUAUCUCUCAAUUGGAUGUUUUGAUGAUGACUCUAAAUCCAGGUGGAAAAGAACGAAGUAAGCAAGAAUUUGAAGAUUUGGCAACAAGAGUUGGAUUUAGUGGCAUCAAAUAUGAAUGUUGUGUUCGUAACUUUUGGAUUAUGGAGUUUUUUAAAUAAAGAGUGUUGUUGUUGUUGUUAUAUGAAACUUGAUUUCUGCUGGUGUUACUUGUUUGUUAUAUUACUAUAAAUAUAUUUCAU